ACAAAAUAAAGAGAGAGAAGAUAUGGAAGAGAUUAACCAUUUUAGUCAUAAAAGCCAUCCAUUAAAGCUCCUCAGCUCUGAGACAAUUGUAGGUGCUAGUGUCAAUGGUGGUGAGGAGAAAUCAGGAUUGAUUGGCUGCUAUGCAUGUGAAAAACCCAUAUCAAGUGGUUUUGCAUAUGCUUGCAUCCAAUGUCAUUACUUUCUGCAUAAAGCAUGUGCACAACUUCCACACACUUUCAAUGACCCUUCCUUAUAUCAUCAACAUCUAACACUUACUGAUUUGAAUGAUACAGAUUCCAAAUUUUGGAGUUGUAAUGUGUGUCGUAUUCGAAAGAAAUCUACAGUGUUUUCGUAUGCAUUUCUUAAGGAUAACACAUACAUCUUUACAGCUUGCAUUGAUUGUUGUGUUGCUAGGAUUGCUUGCAAGGCUGAGGCAGAUGCUAUCAAGGAGGAGGCAAAGAAGAAGGUUAAACAUGAAGGCCACCCACAACACACUUUAAGCCUCAAAUUAAGACCUGCUGCAUUUCGUUGUGAUGCUUGCAAUACUUAUAAGGAUGAAGGCUUAUCCUAUGAGUGUGAUAGUUGUGAUUUUUGGAUCCACAAGACUUGCGCUUCCUUAGCACCUACCAUCCAACUACCCCAUCACCCCAAUCACAAACUGGUUCUCGUCUAUUCGCUUCCAGAAAUUUUCUUUAAUUUCUCAUAUUAUUGUGAAACUUGCAACAAAUACAUCCAGCGAAAUGAGUGGUUGUAUCAUUGUGCAAAUUGUAGAUUUUUUGCACAUAUAAAGUGUGCCUUGAAUGCAGAACGUCCUUCAACUCCAAGAGAUGGAGAUGGUCUGAGUACUGUUGAUGAGGAUGAAAAUGGUUUGCUGCAUUUUCCCAUGUCAGACGCGUUUACAGAUCCAUUGAAACUACUACAUUUUGAAAAGAUGACUCGAGAUGAUGAUGAAACAACUAAUAUUAACCAUUGGAGUCAUGAACAUCCACUAAUCCUUCAUGUUCAACCUCAACCUAAACCUAACAACACGUCUAGUUGUAGUGAUACAAUUGAGGUAUGUCACGGGUGUGUACGACCCCUCUCCCUUCCGUACUGUAGUUGCAAAGAUGGAUGUUCAUUCACUCUCCACAAAUAUUGUGCCGAGUUACCACUCAAAUUACAACAUCCACUUCACCCAGAUCAUUUGCUUGCCUUGAUAAACACAAGGUGACAUAAGAGCUACUAUAAAUGCACUGGUUGUUAUAGCAUUAGCAACACAUUUUUAUACAAAUGUGAAACUUGUGAGUUCAACCUCGAUGUGAACUGUGCAUUUCUACCCAACACCAUUAAACAUAAAUCUCACAAACAUCGUCUUAUCCAAGUU